AUGGCUGGCUCUCUGAACCCAUUUUUCAAGUACGGUGCCAGUCCUGCCCCGCUGCGCUCACUCCCGCGCUACAACUGCGGCACUGCACUCUCCUCUGAGCCACCCUUGAGGCUUGAGCUGGGGCAGAAAGAAGCUAUUGAUGGGGCAUUGCAUGUGCAUAGCUGGGAGGAAGAUGCCUGUUGGUUUUUAGAAAGAUUUGUAGCUGGUCCGACAGUGCUGGUGCUGAGGGAAGAGUGGUGCUGGGUGUAUUUCCUAUCUCGCCAGUACAGCUCUGUGUUGCUGUCUGCUGAAGAAGUUCCAAGCAAUUGUUUGACAGAGAAAGGCCAGCUUCCCAUAAAGGUUGGCCAGCAGAAUACCCACACCAAAGUCAGUACGGAGCACAACAAGGAAUGUCUCAUAAACAUUUCCAAGUACAAGUUUUCCCUGGUCAUCAGUGGUCUCACUAAUAUCUUAAAAAAUGUUAAUAACAUGAGAAUAUUUGGAGAAACUGCUGAAAAGAAUUUAUAUCUAUCUCAGCUGAUUAUCUUGGAUACACUGGAAAAAUGUCUGGCAGGGCAACCAAAGGAUACCAUGCGACUAGACGAGACCAUGCUGGUAAAACAGUUGCUGCCAGAAAUCUGCCACUUCAUCCACACUUACCGUGAAGGGAACCAGCACGCAGCUGAACUACGCAAUUCUGCCUCUGGGGUUCUUUUUUCUCUUAGCUGCAAUAACUUCAAUGCCGUGUUCAGCCGCAUUUCCACCAGAUUACAGGAACUGACUGUUUGUUCAGAAGAUAAUGCUGAUGUUCAUGAUAUUGAACUUUUACAGUACAUCAGUGUGGAUUGUUCGAAACUAAAGCGACUCUUGCAAGAGACUGUAUUCAAGUUUAAAGCCCUUAAAAAAGUAGCUCAGUUAGCAGUUAUCAACAGUCUUGAAAAGGCAUUUUGGAACUGGGUGGAAAACUAUCCUGAUGAAUUCACAAAGCUGUACCAAACACCACAGACGGAUAUGGCUGAUUGUGCAGAGAAGUUGUUUGACUUAGUGGAUGGCUUUGCUGAAAGCACAAAACGUAAAGCAGCAGUUUGGCCACUGCAAAUCAUACUCCUGGUCCUGUGUCCAGAGAUUAUCCAAGAUAUAGCAAAGGACGUGGUAGAGGAAACUAAAAUGAACAAGAAACUGUUCUUGGACAAUCUCAGGAAGGCACUCGCAGGCCACAGUGGAAGCAGACAACUGACAGAAAGUGCUGCUAUUGCUUGUGUUAAACUGUGCAAAGCAUCUACCUAUAUCAACUGGGAAGAUAAUUCCGUCAUUUUCCUACUAGUGCAGUCCAUGGUAGUAGAUCUGAAGAAUUUACUGUUUAAUCCAAGCAAACCAUUUUCAAGAGGCAAUCAGAACGCAGAUGUGGACCUUAUGAUUGACUGCUUAGUUUCCUGCUUCCGCAUAAAUCCUCACAAUAACCAACACUUUAAGAUCUGCUUGGCACAGAAUUCCCCGUCAACAUUUCAUUACGUACUGGUGAAUUCGCUCCACCGCAUAAUCACAAAUUCUGCGUUGGACUGGUGGCCCAAGAUCGAUGCCGUGUACUGCCAUUCCAUGGAGCUGCGCAGCAUGUUCAGCGAGACACUUCAUAAAGCUAUUCAAGGCUGCGGGGCGCAUCCAGCAAUUCGCAUGACUCCGAGCCUUACGUUUAAGGAGAAGAUGACAAGCCUUAAAUUUAAAGAAAAACCUACUGACUUGGAAACGAGAAGCUACAAGUUCUUGCUGUUAUCCUUGGUAAAACUCAUCCAUGCUGAUCCAAAGCUUUUGCUGUGUAAUCCAAGGAAGCAGGGGCCGGAGACGCAAGGUAGCACGGCUGAAUUGAUUACAGGCCUUGUACAACUCGUGCCGCAAUCCAGCAUGCCAGACAUAGCACAAGAAGCCAUGGAGGCCUUGCUAGUUCUUCACCAGUUAGACAGCAUUGACUUGUGGAAUCCUGACGCACCUAUAGAAACAUUCUGGGAAAUUAGUUCACAAAUGCUUUUUUAUAUCUGCAAGAAACUAACUAGUCAUCAGAUGCUCAGCAGUACAGAAAUCCUCAAGUGGCUGCGAGAGAUUCUCAUCUGUAGGAAUAAGUUUCUUCUAAAAAACAAACAAUCAGAUAGGAGUUCCUGCCACUUUCUCUUCCUUUAUGAUGUCUCUGGAGCUGGAACAAGUCAAAUUUCUCUUGACCACGAAGAGAUGAUACGCUGUGCUCCAGGAGCCACCCUCAGGAAAGGAAAAGGGAAUUCUUCCAUGGAAAGUACAGCAGGAUGCAGUGGAACACCGAUUUGUCGCCAAGCCCAAACAAAAUUGGAAGUCGCCUUAUACAUGUUUUUGUGGAGCCCAGAUAUUGAGGCAGUCCUUGUUGCCAUGUCCUGUUUCCGUCACCUCUGCGAGGAAGCAGACAUCCGAUGUGGAGUAGAUGAAGUGUCGGUGCAUAAUUUUUUGCCAAACUACAAUACUUUCAUGGAGUUUGCAUCUGUGAGCAAUAUGAUGUCGACAGGGAGGGCAGCUCUCCAGAAAAGAGUGAUGGCGUUACUCAGACGCAUUGAACAUCCAACUGCAGGCAACACAGAGGCCUGGGAGGAUACACAUGCAAAAUGGGAACAAGCUACAAAACUAAUCCUUAACUAUCCAAAGACCAAAAUGGAAGAUGGGCAGGUUACUGAAAGUCUUCACAAGACAAUUGUCAAGAGGCGAAUGUCGCAUGUUAGUGGGGGAGGCUCCAUAGACUUGUCUGACACAGAUUCUCUUCAGGAGUGGAUCAACAUGACGGGGUUCUUAUGUGCCCUCGGAGGAGUGUGCCUGCAGCAUCGGAGCAAUGCAGGGUUAGCGACCUACAGCCCACCUAUGGGCCCUGUCAACGAGCGUAAGGGCUCCAUGAUAUCUAUGGUGUCCACGGAGGGAAAUGCAGAGACUCCUGUUAGCAAAUUCAUCGAUCGGUUGCUGACCCUGAUGGUCUGUAACCAUGAGAAGGUGGGACUCCAGAUACGGACUAAUAUUAAAGAUCUGGUGGGUUUGGAGUUGAGUCCAGCACUUUAUCCCAUGCUGUUUAACAAACUGAAGAAUACCAUCAGCAAGUUUUUUGAUUCUCAAGGACAGGUUUUGUUAACUGAGACCAACACACAAUUUGUAGAGCAAACCAUUGCUAUAAUGAAGAAUUUGCUUGACAAUCAUACAGAAGGGAGCUCAGAACACCUUGGACAAGCUAGUAUUGAGACAAUGAUGCUAAAUCUGGUUAGGUAUGUGCGUGUGCUUGGAAAUUUGGUACAUGCUAUUCAAAUAAAAACUAAAUUAUGCCAGUUAGUAGAAGUAAUGAUGGAGAGGAGAGAUGACCUUUCGUUUUGCCAGGAAAUGAAAUUUAGGAACAAAAUGGUGGAAUAUUUGACAGACUGGGUUAUGGGAACAUCUAAUCAAGCAACAGAUGAGGAUGUGAAAUGCUUGACAAGAGAUUUGGACCAAGCAAGCAUGGAAGCAGUGGUCUCUCUUCUUGCUGGGCUUCCGCUACAGCCUGAAGAAGGAGAUGGUGUUGAGUUGAUGGAAGCGAAAUCUCAGUUAUUUCUUAAAUACUUCACUCUGUUUAUGAACCUUCUAAAUGACUGUAGUGAAGUUGAAGAUGAAAGUGCACAAACAGGUGGCCGGAAGCGUGGAAUGUCUCGAAGACUGGCUUCGCUACGGCACUGCACUGUUCUUGCUAUGUCAAAUUUACUCAAUGCAAACGUGGACAGUGGUCUUAUGCACUCAAUAGGCUUGGGCUAUCAUAAAGACCUCCAAACAAGAGCUACGUUUAUGGAAGUCCUCACCAAAAUUCUGCAGCAGGGAACAGAAUUUGAUACGUUAGCAGAAACAGUGCUAGCAGAUCGGUUUGAGAGAUUGGUGGAGUUGGUUACAAUGAUGGGUGAUCAGGGGGAGCUUCCUAUUGCUAUGGCUUUAGCCAAUGUGGUGCCUUGUUCUCAGUGGGAUGAGCUAGCUCGUGUCCUGGUCACACUCUUUGAUUCCCGGCACUUGCUCUACCAGCUGCUCUGGAAUAUGUUUUCAAAGGAAGUUGAACUCGCAGAUUCCAUGCAGACACUCUUCCGUGGAAACAGUUUAGCCAGUAAAAUAAUGACUUUCUGUUUUAAGGUGUAUGGUGCUACGUAUUUGCAGAAGCUUUUGGAACCUUUAUUAAGGACUGUGAUCACAUCCUCUGAAUGGCAGCACGUUAGCUUUGAGGUGGAUCCAACAAGGCUGGAGCCUGCAGAAAGCCUUGAGGAGAAUCAACGGAGUCUCUUGCAAAUGACAGAAAAAUUUUUUCAUGCAAUCAUUAAUUCUUCUUCGGAGUUCCCACCACAGCUUCGCAGUGUGUGCCAUUGUUUGUACCAGGCAACUUGCCACUCUCUACUGAAUAAAGCUACCGUAAAAGAAAAAAAGGAAAACAAAAAAUCAGUGGUUAGUCAGCGAUUUCCUCAGAACAGCAUUGGAGCGGUUGGAAGCGCGAUGUUCCUUCGGUUCAUCAACCCUGCCAUCGUCUCCCCUUAUGAGGCAGGGAUUUUAGAUAAAAAGCCUCCACCAAGAAUUGAAAGGGGAUUGAAACUGAUGUCAAAGAUACUUCAGAGUAUUGCCAACCAUGUCCUGUUUACAAAAGAAGAACAUAUGCGGCCUUUUAAUGAUUUUGUAAAAAGCAAUUUUGAUGCAGCACGAAGGUUUUUCCUUGACAUUGCAUCUGAUUGCCCAGCUAGCGACACUGUCAACCACAGCCUGUCUUUCAUCAGCGACGGCAACGUCCUCGCUUUGCACCGCUUGCUGUGGAACAAUCAGGAGAAAAUUGGCCAGUACCUUUCCAGCAACAGGGACCACAAGGCUGUUGGAAGACGACCUUUUGACAAGAUGGCUACUCUUCUUGCCUAUCUGGGUCCUCCUGAGCACAAACCCGUGGCAGAUACCCAUUGGUCCAGUUUAAAUCUCACUAGUUCCAAAUUUGAAGAGUUUAUGACAAGGCAUCAGGUACAUGAAAAAGAGGAGUUCAAAGCACUGAAAACACUAAAUAUUUUCUACCAAGCCGGGACGUCAAAAGCUGGCAAUCCUGUUUUCUACUACAUUGCUCGGCGGUAA